AUGAGUGAUAAAGUGCCAGAUAAUUUGAGAAAAUAUGUUUUCUUCAAUUUUAUCAACACAACCAAGGUUAUAAGCGUUAUAAUUAAUGAUAAAUUCCCAUUAGCUCUCACAUUCGAUACUAGCUUUACACUCGAAUUUUUUACACUCGAAUGUUUUCGGAAUCAAUUUUCUAACCCUGAUGAAGGGUUUUGUAUUUAUGAUAAUAUGUCAUUUAUUGAUCCUCAUGGAAAAAUCUUGCAUGUUGAUGAAUCACGAAUAGGUUUAAAUAAUAUUUUGAUAGAAGGAAGAUUUCUUAAGAUUGAAAAGCCUUUAGAUUAUCCAGAUGCAAAAUUUAUUAUUAAUAAAUUUUGUUUGGAAUGUGGCCUGAAAAUAUCUAAAUAUGGACCAACCCAAAGUGUCGUAAAAACCUGUAAAAAUUCUCAUGAAAAAUUAUGUCUUAAGAAUUUAAUUGGUGGUGUCAAAGCAGCUUUACCAUGGUCACCGCUUUCUGCUGGUCUUUCUAUUGGCAUUUCUGCAUUACAUGAUCGUAAAAAUCAGACAUACCAUGAAAAAUCUUCCACCGUUUGUGAUGAAAAUUGUGUGAAAUUGAUAGGAAUUAUCGAUAAGAAAGAAAUUAUGCCAAUAAAAGAAUUCCAAGAGUCUGUAAAGGAAGCAUUAAAAAGAGAAAAUCCUUUAUUAGAACUUAAGAAAUUAACAGAACAAUAUGGAGAAUAUAUAAUCCUUGAAAUGAAAAUAGGAGGAAAGGGACAAAAAAUCACCAAUAACGAAUUAACAGAUAAUGCACAGCAGAAAUCUAACACAUCAUCUGUUAGCAUGCAACUAGAUAAUAAGUUUGGUGAAAUUAACAUUGAACCCUUAUAUGGUCAAGAAAUAAAUAAAACAAGUUAUUUACAUACAAUAUUAACUUCUUGUACAGCAAUUGGUGAAGAUAAAAUUAAAUAUGAAAGAGGUGACGUGCAAGAAUGGAAAGAUUCUUUAGUAGAUUUUACAAAGUGGGAGAUUAUUGAACAUGUUGUGAUUGAACCAAUUUUUAAUAUUUUAGAUGAAGAUUUACGCAAAAAAGUUAUUAAGAUUAUCGUGGAACAGAAAAUUUUAUAUAGGAAUAAGAAAUCUAUUGAUAUUGAGUAUUCUUUCAAUUCAGGUCCAUAUAAGCAUGAAUUAAUUAUACCAUCUGUUUUACAAUCUAAUCUUAAGAAUAGUCAGAUAUUUGCAUCUGUUAGUGAACAAAACCAAGUGUUUUCUGUUUGA